GCAAACACAUUCGAAACACCCCCUGCCGCGCUCUCAAUCCAACCAUUGACGAUUUGACACCGGCAGUCACGUUUUUCUUGUCUGUGCUUCUUUUAGCGGCAAAGUUUUUCCUGCAAUACUCACAAAAGAGAGGGAAAGCAAACAAAGGGUCACCACAAGGGACGUUGCUAGAUUCUUUCUUAUUUAUGCUUGGACUGACUUGUGCUGAGCUGUGAAUUGGAUAAACUUUCAAAUCUUUUUGUUUAUUUCUUAUCCUCAAUAUGAUUCGCGUGUUACUGACGAUUACUAAGUGUUAAAAGGAUUGGUCAAUUUGAAUUGUUUUUCUGCUUAUUGAUUAUCCAAUUGAGUAUGAAGUUGUGUAGAUGUCCAAAGAAGAAAGACGAGAGAUGUUUAGAAAACUGGAGUGUGCGAAGGAUUGUUUUGAUGAUUGUUUUAGCUUUUUUUAUUCCGAUAUCAAGUGCAGCCAGAAACAGAGGAAGGAUGCACGCAUCCCAAGGCUGUGAAUUUCCUUCCAAAUGGACAGGGACCUGGUUCCAGAAAGGAGUGCAUCCGGCCAUAAAAAUCGAAAAAGAUAUUUUCUCCUUGAAAGGAAAAUGCUUGGCAGCAGACAGCCACAUGUUUUACAUUGAAGACGCGAAAGAAAAGUGCUUUCGCUGUGUUGUGAUAUAUGAGAAGCAUCCAAAUGUACUGCAAUAUAGAGAAACAUACUGUGAUGGCUACAGAUCCCUCCAUCAAGCGUGUUCUACGAUAAAUGCAGAUGCUCCUCUCUAUUCCCUGUUCCGAAUGGACGCUAAGCCAGUUUCAUGCCAGCUGCGUGGACCUUUUACUUUUACAUACAGCAGAGGUCACGGAGAAUGCGUCUAUCCCAUGUCCAACAUUGACACUUGUACAGAUGAUUCACGGUUGUUAUUUCGAUUUCAAGCAUGUGCUGACGUUCUUGGAACAGAAAGUUCAGUUGAGGAACUGAGUUGUCUGGCCGUGUGGAAGGAAGGAUCUGCCCAUUAUUUAGUGGGGAAAAUGUCGAAUGAAAAGCACCAUAAUCUUCCUUUCACAGACGAUAAUGCAUACAGAUGUUUUGUGUUUGAUUACCUUCCUGAAAAAGGAGGCAUUCAGAUGUCUCAGUCAGCUGACGCCACUUGCGAUGGUCUAGUAUCACCCUGGGAAGGAUCUAGAACAAUGAAAUUGAUCAAAAGCAAGCAUCCGACUCCUAGUUGCUCCUUUCCAAGCUGGGUUACGUCAUCUCACAAAUGGCACACGCUGGACUUUAAAAAAGUGUACACAUUCAGCCACAGAAACACCUCUUUCAAACUCCAGCACCUUCACGAACAUAUUGACACUAAGUUCAUCUGUAUUGAAGAAGUUAGCUCCACUGCUAAUACGAGCACCUUCAUCACGUACAGCAUGUCAGGAUGCAAAAACGGAUACAUUUGCAUGAGGUUAUACAACAGGCAUAAACAUAUUAUAGAAAUACAGUUUGGUGAUAUAGCAAGAAGUGCGCAAGAGGCAUGCCAUUCUGCUUUCACUGAAAUAUACAGUAAUCAAGAUUUUAUAACGCUAGUAGCUCCUUCAGCUCCGUCAUCGGGCUGCCCGCAAUUGGUCGAAACGAAUGGUCUACGAGUGCAGGUUGGAAAGGUUGUCUCAUCAUCGUUCCGCCCGGAACUCUGCCGAGACUCGGCGGCCAGAAUAGUCGGAUGUCGAUCUCAUGAUACCAUUGAUUUCUUGACCAGCUGCGCUUCUGUGACUGAUGUCCAAAGUUUCCUUUGCCAUGGUGACUGGGAAGAAAAUGGUCGUAGUUACCUAGUAACUGGUCUCAGAAAUUCGAGGAAUAAAUACUGCUUUGUGUACUGGAGCAGUGAUAAAACGACUCAUCUUUCUGGAAUACAUGACACAUGUCGACGUACAGUAGAACCAGGCGUCACAGGAAAUUUUACAUUCAACAUCUCUUCCGCAGGUUUGUGCGAUAGCUUACUGAACAGAAGUGGAAACAACAGAGGACCAGAUAUGAUCAUUUCUGUGGCUGCCAUCGUUCUGCUCUUCAUUCUGUCUAGCAAUUUGGUCCGGUGACAAUUAUAUUGAAGAAAUCAAAAAACGCAAAUAGGGAACUAAAAUUCCGAUUAAAGAUAGAAGUCGGAUUUUAUCAGAAUUCCCUCAGUGCCUGCUUAUGCAAAGAGGGAGACACUUUAGAUGUCCAUUGUGAAAAAACUGAAAUAAUUUGUGUAACAAAAUGGAUGUUUUGUGCCGUCUGAAAAUACAUCACAAAAACUUUCAUUUAAGCAUUCCAGUUUCACGGAGACGCAUUUUAUACAAAAGUGAUUUUUGAUUUAUAGUAAGAAUGGUUUUUAUUUCUCUUUAAUGACCAAUUUUUAUAAAAGUGUAGGCUAUUAGGUGAUUUAACGUUCAUUCCAGGAUAUAUAAGG